AUGGCCGAAGGGAAGGAGGCGUGGGGCAAGGGGGGCAGCGCGCCGCAAGCGAGCUACCCGCCACCGGGCAACCCGGCAGCAAGCUACCCCCCGCCAGGCUACCCUCAAGCAGGCUACCCUCAAGCAGGCAAUGCUCCACCAGUCUACCCUCCUGCAGGCAAUCCCCAACAAGGCUACCCUCCAGCAGCCCAUCCCCAAGCCAGCUUCCCUCCAGCAGGCAGCGCCCCAGCAGGACACCCGCCGGCAGGCUAUCCCCCGCGCGGCGACGGGCAGCCUGUCCCGGGCGUGCCGGCCCCCGCGGGCGGGCCCGUGACCGUGCAGGGCGAGUCCAAUUUCGUGUUUGACAAGAACGCGCCGCUGUACUACCCGCCCGAUGCCACCGAGCCAGUGUUCCUCGGCGCCACGAAGGGGCACGACUCCAUCAACCUGCACUGCGGCAAAUGCGGUUACCAGGGGCCUUCCAAAGUCGCGCGGAAGGUUGGGCUUGCAAACAAGCUGGCAGCAUUGCCUACCUUGGGCCUCAGUCUCCUUGUGCCCGCCGACACCCACCAUCACUGCCCGAAUUGUGGAACGCAUGUGGCGUUUGCCAAGCUGCUUUAA